AUGUCUGUUCUGCACAAUGUCGCUCGGUUUGAUCGAGGUGAGGAUGAUUACGUCAGCACUGAGUUCGACCUCUCAGCCUCUGCCUGCGCCCGCUCAACCUCUCCAGCAUUCAGCCAGUGCAGCCUGUUGACCAUCAACCUACCAAUUAAGAACCAACCACUGCAUACCAUCCCACAAACAAUGAUGGCUGAACCUCAACACAUCAACCCACCUCAAUUCGACCCUGCACUCGUCCAUCACUCUGGUCUCACCGGAAUGCAUCCACUCGCAGUCUUGAUCGACGAACUCAAAUCCGAUGACGUCUCGGCCCGUCUCACCUCAAUCCAUCGAUUAACCACCAUCGCACUCGCACUGGGCCCUCAAAGGACACGUGAUGAGCUCAUCCCUUUCAUCACCGAGGGCAUGGACGAUGAAGAUGAGGUCCUCCUCGCAUUGGCAGGCGAACUGAAUGCCGCUUUUGUCGAGUUCCUCGGCGGCCCCGAACAUGCGCAUCUUCUGCUCGUCCCACUCGAAAACUUGGGAACAGUCGAGGAAACUCUGAUUCGCGACAAGGCUGCCGAAUCUCUCACCCAAAUCGCAGCACUUCUUUCACCUCAGCAGCUUGAGGAAUACUACGUACCUGCCAUGAAACGACUCAGCGUUGCCGAGUGGUUCACCAGUCGAGCGACCUCUACUUCUCUGUAUGCUGCAGCAUAUGCUAAGGUAUCUGAUACCACCAAGGAUGAAAUGAGGAGAAUGUACUCUGCUCUAUGUGCCGAUGAGACACCCAUGGUCCGAAGGGCAGCUGCCAAGGAACUGGGGCCAUUUGCCAAAGUCUUGGCCCAGAAUCACUUGGUCGCCGAUGCGAUCCCAGUCUUCCGCAAGCUAGCCGCAGAUGAUCAAGAUUCAGUGCGUCUACUGACGGUCGAUGCGCUGAUUGCCAUCGCCUCCUCCUUGCCGGAUAAAGCCGUAUGCAAGCAACAACUAGGCUCGACGAUGAAAGCCAUGGUUAGCGACAAGAGCUGGAGAGUCAGAUACAUGAUCGCCGACCACUUCGUCCAGUUGGCCGAAAGCGCCGGUGAGGAUGUCGUACGGGAGGAACUCGUCGGGGCUUACGUUCACUUAUUGAAAGAUAAUGAGGCCGAAGUUCGAACCGCAGCUGCCGGUCAAAUUCCAGGUUUCUGUAAACUGAUCGACAGAGAGGUCAUCCUGUCACGAGUCUUGAUAUGUGUCAGAGAAUUAGCAUCAGAUACUUCGCAGUACGUCCGAGCCGCGCUCGGAACUCAGGUCGCUGGAUUGGCGCCUCUUCUGGGUAAAGAGGCGACUAUCGAACACCUUCUAUCCCUGUUUCUACAGUUACUCAAAGAUGAAUUUGCCGAUGUCAGAUUGAACAUCAUUUCAAAGUUGGAGCAAGUCAAUGAAGUCAUUGGGAUCGAGUUACUAUCACAAGCCUUAUUGCCGGCCAUCAUGGAAUUAUCGGAGGACAAGCAGUGGCGAGUUCGUCAAGCGAUCAUCGAGUACAUUCCACUCCUAGCCACCCAACUCGGGGUCUCGUUCUUUGAUGACCAACUGGCGGGGCUAUGUAUGGCAUGGUUGAACGACGCAGUCUAUAGUAUCCGUGAGAGUGCGACGAUCAACCUCAGGAAAUUGACGGAAGUGUUUGGAGUCGAAUGGGCUAAAGCUACGAUCUUACCCAAGGUCUUGGCGAUGGCUAAGGAUGCUAACUACCUUCAUCGAAUGACUACUAUCUUCGCCAUUCGAACGAUGGCGCCAGCAUUAGAUGUUGAAGUGAUCAAAGGCCCGGUAUUGGAUUCGGUGAUCAGUCUAGUUAGCGAUCCGAUCCCAAACAUCCGUUUCAACACGGCCAAGGCAUUCCAGACGCUAGCGAUCACCGUCGCCGGCCAGCCCGGUGGUAAGGAAGUGGCACGGGAUAAGAUCCUGCCCAACUUGGCCAAAUUGCGCGACGACCCUGAUGCGGAUGUGAAGUUCUUCACCGAGGAGGCUCUUGCUGAUGCCGCCGCUGUCGCCUCUGGUGAACAGGCAGGCGCUAGAGAUACUCAAAUGAAAUAAACAUCUAUCAGAUCUAGAUCUCUCUUGCUCUCUUUGCUCUCUUUCUGCAUCCUUAUCUAUUCCUCCUCCUCCUUUCCCCCUCUUUGCCAUUCUCUUAUUAUAUACUUGAUCCAUUUUUUUUUUCUGAUUGUUGUUGUCCUAAUUAAUCUCGACUUACUUGCCUUUUGUUUUGAUUGUUUGGCCUUUUCAUUUCUUUUGCUUUUUCCUUAUGAAAAAGACAACAACAACAACAACAACAACAACAAAAUUCACUCCAUUCCAA